GCGAGCCGGAGCCCCGCAGCCGAACCGCGCCGCCCAGGCAAGGGGCCCCGGGUGCCCGGGAGCCCCGCAGCGGGAACCGGGGCCCCCAGCAGGACUCUGCCGCUUUCUCCGCCGCUAUCAAUCAACCACCGCUCCCGGGUCACCGCCAUCGCGCCGGGGGCUGCUGCCAGCCGGGCAGCCCCCCUCGGGGCCGCCCCCGUCGCCUGGCCGGGGGAGUCGCUGUCGCGUUGCCCGUUGAGCUCCGCGGCCUCAGCCCCGGCGGCGGGGGGUGGUGGUGAGGGGGGGAGGCGGCUGUCACCCAGGCAGCGGCGGCAGGACUCAAGAAUUGAUCCUGGUUGCCCAGCAGAAGCUGCCCAUGGAAGGUCCAUGCCUGCAUUUCCCAAGGCUCUAGGAUCCUGUUUGAUUUGCUGCUGAAUUAAACUGAAGAGUCCAGUUUUUCCCAUGAAACAUCUUUCACCUCAGGAAGGUGCACAGUAGGUCAACCAACAUGAGUGGCCUUGGGGACAGCUCAACAGACCCUGCCAACCCCGACUCUCGGAAGAGGAAAGGUUCACCCUGUGACACAGCCCAGAGCAAUGAAAAGCGGCGCCGGGAGCAGGAGAAUAAAUAUUUGGAGGAGCUGGCAGAGCUGCUGUCUGCAAACAUCGGGGACAUCGACACCCUGAGCGUCAAACCUGACAAAUGCAAGAUCCUAAAGAAGACAGUGGACCAGAUCCAGCAGAUGAAGAGGUUGGAGCAAGAGAAAGCAGCUGAUGAUGAAGUCCAGAAGUCUGACAUCUCAUCCAGCAGCCAAGGAGUGAUUGAGAAAGAGUCUCUGGGACCUCUUCUGCUGGAGGCAUUGGAUGGCUUCUUCUUUGUUGUCAACCGUGAAGGGAGGAUUGUCUUUGUCUCUGAGAAUGUCACCAGCUACCUGGGUUACAACCAGGAGGAGCUCAUGAACACCAGUGUCUACAGCAUCCUGCACGUGGGGGACCAUGCUGAGUUUGUCAAGAACUUGUUGCCCAAGUCUUUAGUCAACGGAGUUCCUUGGCCUCAGGAAGCCCCCAGGCGCAACAGCCACACGUUCAGCUGCAGGAUGCUGAUCCGACCUCCCGACGAGCCGGGAGCUGAGAACCAGGAGGCUCGGCAGCGCUACGAGGUGAUGCAGUGCUUCACUGUGUCCCAGCCCAAGUCCUUCAAGGAGGAAGGAGAAGAUUUCCAGUCCUGUCUGAUCUGCAUCGCCAGGCGGUUACCUCGGCCGGCAGCCGUCACCCCUUCCGAAUCCUUCGUGACCAAGCAAGACACCACAGGUAAAAUCAUCUCCAUCGACACCAGUUCCUUGAGAGCUGCUGGCAGGACAGGCUGGGAGGACUUGGUCAGGAAAUGCAUCUAUGCCUUCUUCCAGCCCCAGGGCAGGGAGCCCUCCUAUGCCAAGCAGCUCUUUCAAGAAGUGAUGACACGUGGUGCAGCCUUCAGCCCCUCGUACCGAUUCACCCUGAGCGAUGGGACAGUGCUGAGUGCUCACACCAAGUGCAAGCUCUGCUACCCCUCCAGCCCAGAGAUGCAACCCUUCAUCAUGGGCAUCCAUGUCAUUGACAGGGAUCAUGGGAUGCUCUCACCCCAGGAGAACACCAACUCCACCAUGCCCCUUCCUCGUGUCAGCCCCUCUCUGAACCCCAGCAUCUCCCCGGGGCAGGGCAUGGCCCUGCCACCCUCCAUCCCCCCUUCCAAUGGCAGCAUGUUGGCCACCAACGUCAACCAGCAGCCAGGCACUGGCCUCCACAACAACAACAACAACUCCAGCACCAACCAAACCAGCUUUGGAUGUUCCCCUGGGAACCAGCUAGGAGCCAACAUUGCCUUAAGCCAGGGACAAGCGGGUCCCCAGAACAGUAACCACACUUUGAACCUCAACAGUUCCCCCAUGAACAGCCCGGGGAUAACCCCACCACAGUUCAUGUCUCCCAGGCAUCGGGUCAGCCCGGGGCUGGUGCCCAGACCCAGAGUGCCUGGCAACCCCUUCUCCCCCACCAUGCCCACCAUGCACUCCCCCGUGGGCAUGGCCAACAGCGGCGGUGGCGGCGGCGGUGGUGGUGGUGGUGGCACCAGACCCUUUCCCAACACCUCCAUGAACUCCAUGUCGGGGCUGAACGAAGGUCCCAGCACACCAGUGGGUUACUCCACACCCCCUCCUGUGCUGAGACAGCUCAGCUCCCAGAGCUCCCCUGGACGUUUGGCCAUGCAGCCCGUGAAAGCCGAGUCCAAGGACCCCAAGGAGGUGGCCUCCAUCCUCAGCGAGAUGAUCCAGGGGGACGGGGGCACAGGGGAGGGAAAACCCCUGGACUCUGGUCUGCUGCACGCCGGGGACAGGUUGGCCGAGGGGGACAACAAAUGCUCCCAAGCCACCAGCCACAAGCUGGUCCAGCUCUUGGCCACCACGGCGGAGCAGCAGCUCCGGCACGCCGACGCCGACACCAGCUGCAAAGAUUCCUUGGUCUGCGCCGGCGCCGCCUUGGGUUCCGGCAACGCUCCCGGCACCACCUGCCCCUCUUCCCACAGCUCCUUGACCGAGAGGCACAAGAUCCUGCAUCGACUCCUCCAAGAGGGAAGCCCUUCGGACAUCACCACCUUGGCCAUGGAGCACGAGAAGAAGGAGAAUGCCCCCAACCCCCCACCGCCCGCGACUCCGAGCCAGCUGCCGGGAAACGCCGACGUCAAGCUGGAGCCCGAGGCCUUGAAGAAGAAAGAUGUCAAGGACCACCAGCUCCUGCGUUAUCUGCUGGACAAGGAUGAGAAGGAGCUCGCUGCAGCCCCAGCGCUGAGUCUGGAUGAUGUGAAGGUGAAGGUGGAGAAGACAGAGCAGAUGGAGCCCUGCAACCCCCCUCCGGUGCCCCUCGCCAAACCUCCUGCCACAGAGGAGGUGAAGCUGGAGAGCCAGGGCCAGUUUGCAGCUGAGCUGGAGCAGCUGGAUCAGCUCCUGCCCUCUCUGGAGAAAGUGUCUCAGAUGCCCGGGUUGUGCGGACCUGAGAGAAACGAGAGCGGGGUGGCCACCAAACCAGAGCUGCUGAGUGCCCCCCUGCCACCCACUGCUGCUCCCAGAGCUCCCACGGGACUCAACACCAUGAACAGUGGGCAGGGUGUCCAGGCUGGUCGGACCCCCUUUGAGUUCUGUGAAUCCCUGGAGCCAGCCCAGUUGCGGCCGGUUCCGUGUCCCAGCAGCAAUGGGAGCAGCCCACACACCCGGGGCCCAGCCCAGCAGGGCAGGGGAAAUGUGACAGCACCAAACCCCUUCCCACCUGACACAGGAAUGCCCGAGCUGGAGAUGGGGGUGCCAGAUCACCAGUUUGGACAGCCAGGAAUGGGGGAGCAGAUCCCUGGACAGAUAACUCCAUGGGAGCCAUGAAUCGAGGAGCUCUGAAUAAACCUGAAGAGUGAGUACCAUGGGGC